CCGUCCCCGAGCGCGCGCCCCGACAAAUCCGCCUGGCUCCCCGCCCGCUCCCUCGUCGCGUCCCUGUCUCCACUCUCCAGCGCCCAUUUCCUUCACUUCUCAUGGCGGCGGCGCGGCCCGCGCUCCCCUCCUCCCCGACCUCGCUGCUGCUCGCGCGCUCCAUCUCCGCCCCCGACCUCGCCGCCCGGAGGCCGAGGCGGUGGCUCGUCGCCGCGGCCGGCGUCCCGGCCGUGGCGGGGGCGCUGGCGGCCUCGGCCUCGACGCCGGCGGCGUCCAUGCUGCUGCGGGACGGCGGCGCCACGCUGCUCGUCACCGCCGGGGCAUACUCCCUCGUGCGCGCCUUCGACGCGCUCACCGAGCGCCGCCUCGUCCAACAGAGCUUGAGCAGGAAGGUUGUGCAUGUGCUAUCCGGGGUCUUUUUCAUGGCUUCAUGGCCACUCUUCAGCAAUUCUACCAGUGCACGGUUCUUCGCAGCGGUAGUUCCGUUCCUGAACUGCGUAAGGCUUCUCACCUACGGGCUCGGCUUCUACUCCGACGAAGCUCUAGUAAAAUCGGUGACCCGUGAAGGAAAACGAGAGGAAUUGCUGCGAGGCCCUCUGUACUAUGUCAUCGUGCUACUGAUCAUUGUUCUAGUCUUUUGGCGGGACUCCCCGAUCGGGAUCGUUUCCUUGUCGAUGAUGAGCGGUGGUGACGGCUUUGCUGACAUUGUCGGGAGAAGGUUCGGCUCGCUCAAGCUGCCAUUCAACAAGAAGAAGAGCUGGGUCGGGAGUGCCGCGAUGUUCAUCUCUGGGUUCCUGCUAUCUGCACUGAUGCUGUCCUAUUUCUCGUGGCUUGGUUACAUCCAUGUCAGCUGGGAUCAGGCGCUUGGUAAACUGGUUCUCGUUGCGCUGGCAGCCACUGUGGUGGAGUGUAUUCCUGUAACUGAUGUUGUAGAUGACAAUAUCUCUGUUCCCUUGGCCACCAUGUUGGUAGCCUUUCUGUUGUUUGGCAACACUGCAAAUUGAAUAUAUGAACAAAUGUUUUGAGCUCC